GCUAAAAUCUCUCCUGAGCGGGGAAAGCAAGCCUCAUGAGUCGGCCUCGUGAAUUGCUUCGCCAUAAUGGAUUUAAGUAAAGUGGGUAUGAUUCAGCUCCAGAACCCCAACCAUCCCACUGCCCUGCUGCAGAAGGCCAACCAGAUGCGCCUGGCUGGCACUCUGUGCGAUGUUGUCAUCAUGGUCGACAGCCAGGAGUUUCAUGCUCACCGGACUGUGCUAGCCUGCACCAGCAAAAUGUUUGAAAUCCUCUUCCACCGCAGUAGCCAGCAUUACACCCUGGACUUUCUUUCACCAAAGACUUUUCAGCAGAUUUUGGAGUAUGCUUACACUGCCACGCUCCAGGCCAAGGUGGAGGACUUGGAUGAUCUUCUGUAUGCAGCAGAGAUCUUAGAGAUUGAGUAUUUGGAAGAGCAAUGCCUCAAAAUCCUGGAAACCAUCCAGUCGUCUGACGAGAAUGACGUCGAGGCAAGUGCUAACGAUGGCAGCACAGAGGAGGACGAGGAGCGCAAGGGCCAAAACGGAGCCAAAAUCUCUAAAAAGCAUUCCAUGGAGAGUUCCUAUCUGUCAGGUACCCAGCAAGUCUCCAACAUGACUGGCAUCGUGGAACAGAGUCCCUCCGUCUCCACUUCUUUCCAUAUCUCCAGCCUGAGUCCUACCAAAGCUGCCGUGGACAGUCUGAUGAGCAUCGGUCAGACUCUGCUUCAGCAGGGCUUUGGAGGUGGCAACUCCCACCACCUAAUGACUGAGAUCAAGACUGAGUCGAUGCAGGUGGACAUGGGUGGCAACGGCCACGACAGCCCUCAGAAUAUGGAGUCCAGUGCCUCCAGCAAUGGGGAGCGAAGUGGGGAGGACAGGAAUCGAGAGGGUCCCGGAACGCCAACCAGAAGCAGCGUGAUCACCAGCGCUCGGGAACUGCACUACGUCCGCGACGACGGCAUGGGCGACCAGCAAGCUGAAAUGAGCCAGAUGGGGCUAGAAGCGAUGGCAGGGAUGACAGAGAAACACCUGGCCUCACUAUACUCCUUACCUGUCAAUCAUAAAUCAGAUGGUAUGAUGUCUAUGCCGGUGUCCAUGGCCUCCGCUCUCCCCAUAUCCCCUGCCCUGGCUAUGUCCAUGGACUUUAGUACAUACGGUGGACUCCUGCCCCAAAGCUUCAUUCAGAGAGAAUUCUUCAGCAAAUUGGGGGAGCUGGCAGUGGGCAUGAAACCAGAUGGCAGGAACCAGCAUGAGCGCUGCAACGUUUGCGGUGCAGAGUUACCAGAUAAUGAAGCUGUGGAGCAGCACAGGAAAAUGCACAGUGGAAUGAAGACCUACAGUUGUGAGCUGUGUGGAAAGAGCUUUCUGGACAGCCUUCGUCUACGAAUGCAUUUGCUGUCUCAUUCAGCUGGUGAAAAGGCCAUAGUUUGUGACCAGUGCGGCGCCCAGUUCCAGACAGAGGAAUCCCUGGAGGCUCAUCGGCAGAUCCACACUGGGUCAGACAUGGCCAUCUUUUGCCUUCUCUGUGGGAAGCGUUUCCAGACUCAGACAGCACUGCAGCAGCACAUGGAAGUGCACGCCGGCGUCCGCAGCUACAUUUGCAGUGAAUGCAAUCGAACUUUCCCCAGCCAUACUGCACUCAAACGUCACCUCCGCUCGCACACAGCAGGGGACCACCCAUUCGAGUGUGAAUUCUGCGGGAGCUGUUUCCGAGACGAAAGCACGUUGAAGGGCCACAAGCGCAUCCACACCGGGGAGAAGCCCUAUGAAUGUAAUGGCUGCGGGAAGAAGUUCAGCCUCAAGCACCAGCUGGAAACCCACUACCGUGUGCACACAGGUGAGAAGCCAUUUGAGUGCAAGCUGUGCCACCAGCGAUCCAGGGACUACUCGGCCAUGAUCAAGCACCUGCGUACCCACAACGGCGCCUCGCCCUACCAAUGCACCAUCUGCCUGGAGUACUGCCCCAGCCUGUCAGCCAUGCAGAAGCACAUGAAGGGUCACAAGCCAGAAGACGUCCCCCCAGACUGGCGCAUAGAGAAGACCUACCUGUACCUCUGCUACGUCUGAGAUGGAGAAAAGUGAAUGA